UGUAGGAAAAUGGUUGUUUGUACCUACAUGACAAGAUGGAUGCCAGGAUGGGAAUUUACUAUAGUUUGACCUUUUGAUACUGCAGGCUGUGUUAGGCAUGAUGAGCGCGUGAUCGCCUCAUGCAAGGAAGGUGAUUGGUUCUUAUUGUAUGGCUUGAUAAUGGGGUGAUCCCCAUAUUUGGUGUUUGCCUUGCAUGAUGAUUGAUACACUGUUGUACUGUUCUUAAUAAAAAUGCUGGGCUGCAGCUCCAGGGAGCUUCUUUUUCUCUCUCUCUCCUGAGGCUGCUAGACCCUUUACAAAAAGCAUCCUGGUGUGAGACUGAUUUAUUUUUGUGACGAGCAGGCCCUCGUCAUCCCUGCCCUCGUCAUUUGGUGCCCCGUGUGACUACCCUCGGACUCUUCGUUGUUUCUCAUCGUUCAGCGCUCGCCACGCGUCUUUCAUCCGCUUCGGAUCCCGGUGAGCGCUCCCUUUCCUUUGGACUUCGACUGAUUCCGGACUUCGCGUCGCUGCGGCCUUCUCAGCGUCCACCACGCCCGGCCAGGGCUUCAGGUACCGCUCAUCCUCUCCUAGGAUCCCGGUGGGUGCUCCCUUUUUUCGCUCCUUUUCAUCCUUUGUGGAUCCCUGUGAUUUUUUUUUCACUACUCUUGCUAUCAUGGGGCAGUCUCUUUCAGCGCCACAAAAGAAGUUUUUUGAUGAACUUAAAUUUCUUCUGGCCAGUAACAACCUUGCUGUUUCGGAUGCCGAUCUUAAGGCACUUCUUCUAGCUUUGGACACUCAUUGCCCCUGGUUUCCUCAGGAUGGCACUUUGGAUUUAAAAGACUGGGAGAAAAUAGGACAUUUUUUCCAUAACCAUCCUCAAAUUAAUGUCAAGGUUCUGCUUGCAUGGUUUAAAGUUUAUAAAGCGAUGUCCUGCCUGACACCAGCUAAUAUCCUUUUGGCUUCUUCGCCUGCUGCUUUGCCUCUUCCCUCUCCAAUUUUAUGCCAACCGUUGCCUUCUUCGAAACCACCAGUUUAUGUACCUCCUAAACCACCGGAUCUCUCUCCUUCGGUUCCUACUGUCCUGCCACCGCCUCCCUCUGCCCCUCCUCCAGCUUUUUCACCAGGGGUGCCCAACGUUGCUACCACUCCUCUUCAAGAGUCUCUCCGUGCCGCUGCUCCAUUGCUGGCUUUUGAUUCUGCCACACCAAAUCUUUUUCCUGUAAUUGUUCCUGCCGCCGUGGGGGGAGGCCCAGCCCGCCACGAACAGUUUGAUUUAAGAUUCAUAAAGGAACUGUAUUCCUCUGUCAGGGACAAUGGCUUACAUUCUCCUUAUACCCUGGGACUUUUUGGCACUAUUUUUCAGCAAAAUCUAAUACCAGAGGAUGUAAAAUUAUUAGCCCGCACUGUUAUGCAGCCUCAUCAAAUGAUUUUGUUUAUACAAGCUUGGCAUUGGGCUUGCCAACGUCGCGUUGAUGGCAUUCGCAACAAUCUCAACAAUGCUGCGCAGGCAGCUCACCAAGCCGCGAUUGCCGCCGCUGGCGCUCCACCUCCAGCCCCUGUUAUGUUGACCCAUACUGAUGUUUUUGACGGCCUGACAGGUGGGGGCAAUUUUCUUACCAUCGCCCAGCAGCUAGCCCUUGAUCCCAUGUAUUGGGAAGCCACUACCGCUGCCGCUCAGGAGGCCCUGUCCGCUGUGCCUGAUGAAAAGACUGAGCGUGAUGGACGUUGGGGCAGCGUCCGGCAAGGCCCUGCAGAGCCUUAUGGACAAUUUGUCGAUCGCUUGUAUAACACCCUCAAGCGGCAAGUUCAGGACGUCGCAGCCCAAGAAGUGAUUGUCCGCCAGCUUGCGUUUGAUAAUGCAAAUGAGGACUGUAAGCAAGCACUGCGCCCUUUGAUGACAACGCCAAAUAUUGCCAUUGCAGAUAUGCUUAAGGCCUGCCAGUCAGUGGGCACUGAGACGCACAAAGCCCGUCUGUUAGCCGCAGCUCUAUCCUCUACAGUAUCCCAGAAUCCUGCCAAGGACAAAACUUGUUUUGGUUGCGGAAAAAUGGGACAUUUUCGUGCGCAGUGCAGAUCCAUCACGCAGCAAUGCCGCCCUAGCACAAAGUGCCCUAUUUGUAAGAAAGGCUUUCACUGGGCUAACCAGUGCCGUUUUGCCGUGCCUCGACAAAGUCAACAACAACAACAAAAACAGCAACAUCAACAAAACCAACUGACGGGAAACCGGCAGUCGGGCCCACCCGGGCCCAGGCACAACAAUAGGGGAUUCAGCAUGUUCUCCGGUCAUUCCACCGCCGGCACUACCUCACCUUUCUCUAACCCAGGACUUAUGCCUGCCAGUCCCCUAUGUACCACAACAGGCUCAAGUGUCAACAGGGGCUGGUUUUUCUUCUUCAGCACAGUGCCUUGUCUUCCCACUGUCAGAGGUUUUGCAGCAAGGGGUCCAUCUUGUUCCAGAUGUGUUACAUGGAUUACAACACAAUGACCCUUAUGUGACUGUCUUUUCUGAUCGCCCUACGCAUUUGCCGUCUGGUUCUCCUAUUGCCAAGAUUGUGUGCGCUCCGGAGACGAUCCAGAACCAUGAUCCUCUUGUUGCCGCUACUUUUUCAGUCACAGAGGAGCGCCCAAAGAUCCAGAUGACCCUUGGAGGCCGCAUGAUUGAAGGGGUUUUGGACACAGGGCGGAUUGUUCCGUGA